AUGUCGUCAGCGCCUGAUGUCGCUCUCUCAUUGAGACUGACCCAACUACUUCCGGGUCUUCAAACCGGUGACAUCCUCACGACCAUCCUUUCGAUUCUCGGCAUAGCUCUGUCUGCAAUCGCUGCGUGGGGCAUCUCAACCUGCGUCUACAACCUCUACUUCCACCCUCUCGCGAGCUACCCGGGUCCAUUUCUAUGGCGAGCAAGCUCACUGCCAUGGAAGAUUGCACUUCUCAAGGGAACAAUGCACCAUGACCUGAUGCGCUUCCACGAAGUAUACGGCCCCGAGCUCCGCCUGAAGCCAGACGAGCUCUCUUACGCAAACGCUCAAGCAUGCAAGGACAUUCACGCUCACGUGCCUGGCCGGCCAGAGUUUCUCAAGGAUCCCAUUCGUCUGCCACUGGCACCCAACGGUGUCAUGAGCAUUCUCGUCUCGGACACCAAGAACCACGCUCGCUUCCGCCGUCUGUUCGGCCACGCGUUCAGCGACAAGGGUCUGCGAACACAGCAGAAGACCAUCAAUACCUACGCCGACCAGUUCAUGGAAGUCCUUAAGGAAGUCGCUGAUACCGGCAAGUCCGUCGAGAUGGUCAACUACUACAACAUGGCCGUCUUCGACACUAUCGGUGCUCUUGCAUUUGGAGAGUCCUUCAACAGCAUGCGUCAUCGCAAGAUCCACCCGUGGGUCGACGCCAUCCAUAAGAACCUCAAGUCCGUCGCUAUCUCCCACGUCAUGCGAUCGAUGGGCAUUGAGCCCUUGACACCAUACAUCCUGCCCAAGGACCUUCGUGGUGCUCGCGCCAACAACUACUCCUACGCCAUCGAGAAGAUCAACCGCCGCAUGCAACAGACUGGUGAGCAGGGUGACUUCUGGGACCGCGUGAUCGUCAAGAGCGGCGCUGAGGGUGAGAUUAACGAUGGUACUGGUAUGUCUAAGGGUGAGAUGCUUAACAAUGCCGCUGUCAUGGUGGUCGGUGGCUCUGAAACCUCUGCUUCUGCGCUCUGUGGUGCUACUUACCUGCUCGCACACUCGCCGGACAAGAUGAAGAAGGCCGUCAAGGAGAUUCGCGAGACGUUCAAGGCUAGCGAGGAUAUUACCCUGCAGAGUGUCACCGGCAUGCAAUACCUGACGGCCGUUAUUGACGAGACGCUGCGCAUGUACCCGUCGGUUCCUGGACAGCCGCCUCGUGUUGUGCCAAAGGGUGGUGCUACUGUUUGUGGCAAGUUGGUGCCUGAGGAGACCCGCGUCGGCGUCUCCCACAUCGGAACAUACUUCGCCUCCUACAACUUCACCCGCAGCCACGAAUUCAUCCCCGAACGCCACAUCGACAAAUCUCUCUUCCCAGACGACAACUACGCCGCCUACCAGCCCUGGUCCGUCGGUGUGCGAAACUGCAUCGGCAAGAACCUGGCAUACGCCGAGCUGCGUCUUAUCCUCGCAAAGACUCUCUGGCAUUAUGAUAUUACGCUUGACCGCAGCAAGACGGGCGAUUUCCUUGACCAGAAAAUUUGGAGUAUUUGGGCGAAGCGGGAGUUGUGGAUGAAGAUUUCUUUGGCGGAGAAUGCAAAGUAG